AUGGCCUAUAUGUGCGCCGACAGCGGCAAUCUAAUGGCCAUUGCCCAGCAAGUCAUACAGCAAAAGCAACAGAGGGAGCAGCAAGAACAGCAACAGCACCAGGAAAAUCAGCUACUGGGUUCAGGCCCGUUGAAUCCCUGGCCCACCAACCCCAAUCUGGCCUACGGCCUGGCCGCUCCGGGGUUCUCCGAUCCGUUUCAAGUCCCCGGGUCGGGAGAAGACGUCGCCACGGGGGAGGCAGGGUUCCCGUUCGAGGGCGGCGUCGGGUUUCGGCUCACGGAUUUCGGAGGCGGUGCGGCGGCGGGUGAGUUUGACUCGGACGAGUGGAUGGAUAGUUUAAUGAGCGGUGGAGGCGCAACGGAUAGUUCCAGUUUGCCUCCUGAUUGCGACGCGUGGCAAAACAGUGCCGAUCAUUUCGCUCUCUACGGUUCGGAUCCCUUCGUUGCCGUCCCGUCGGAUCUUAACCGGAUCCUUCUUCCAGUACCCGCUCCAAAACCGAUCCAACCCACGUGGGCUCCACCGUCAUCGUCGUCUCCAUCUCCUCCACCGGAGGCGACGGUCAAAGAAGCUAAGCCGAAACCCGUCCCGGGGCCCACAGUCUCUUCUUCCACGUCAGCGGAAUUGGAGCCAUCGUCGUCGUCACCGCCGCUACUGAAAUCCCUACUGGAGUGCGCUCGACGCGCCGAGUCAGAGCCCGAAUCAGCCAUUAAAUCGGUGGUUAGAAUCCGCGACUCGGCUUCGGAGCACGGAGAUCCCACCGAGCGAGUCGCGUUUUACUUCGCCGAGGCUCUGUACAGCCGGCUGUCCCAGCGAGCGGGUCAAACCCUGACCAUGUUCGAGACGACGAGCGACGAGUUCACUCUGUCUUACAAAUCCCUAAACGACGCCUGCCCCUACUCCAAGUUCGCUCACCUGACGGCCAACCAGGCCAUUCUCGAGGCAACCGAAAGGGCGGCCAGGAUUCACAUAGUCGAUUUCGGCAUCGUUCAGGGGGUUCAAUGGGCGGCUCUCUUGCAAGCCCUGGCGACCCGAUCCGCCGGGAAACCGGUUCGGGUCCGGAUAUCGGGCAUUCCCGCACCGGCUCUGGGACCUUCCCCUGCCGCGUCUCUGUUCGCCACGGGGAAACGGCUCCGCGAUUUCGCCAAUCUGUUGGAUCUCAACUUCGAGUUCGAACCGAUUCUUACUCCGAUCGAAGACCUCAGCGGAGCGAGUUUCCGGGUCGAGCCUGAUGAAAUAUUGGCCGUCAAUUUCAUGCUCCAGCUGUUCAAUCUGCUGGAGGAGAUACCGGUGGCGGUGGGGACGGCUCUGAGGAUGGCGAAAUCGCUGAGCCCGAGGAUCGUCACGCUUGGGGAGUACGAAGUGAGCUUGAACAGGGUCGGGUACUUGGCCCGGUUCAAGAACGCGCUGAGAUACUACUCCGCCGUGUUCGAGUCUCUGGAGCCGAGCUUGAGUAGGGAUUCGGCGGAGAGGCUUGAAGUGGAGAGAAUAUUGCUGGGUCGGAGAAUCGCCGGAGUGAUCGGCCCGGCGGAGAAGCCCGGAAUCAGAAGGGAAAGGAUGGAAGACAGAGAGCAAUGGCGGGUACUGAUGGAGAGUUGUGGGUUUCAGGCUGUGGCGCUGAGCAAUUACGCCAUGAGCCAGGCGAAGAUCCUUCUUUGGAACUACAAUUACAGCCCACGUUACUCGCUAGUUGAAUCCAAACCUGGGUUCGUUUCGUUGGCCUGGAAUGGAGUUUCCCUGCUCACUGUUUCUUCAUGGCGUUGA